AUGAAAAAGAUGGCACGCACCCUAAGAACAGAAGGAAAAGCUUACGUGAGUUCCUAUUUGAGAAAGCAAGUUCCGCAAAGAAUCAUGAAGCCGCGAUGUGAUUCUCAAAAAUGUAAAAAUUAUGGCUGCAAGUUGUUUACUGACGAAGAAUACCAAGAAAUAUUUCACGCUUUCUACAAUAUACAAAGUCUUCAAUUACAGAGGGAGUUCGUUGUGCGCCAUAUCAAUGAGAAUAAUGUUAAAAAGAGAAGAACUGCUGCAACAGAGUUCAUAAGUACAACAACUUUGGCUUAUUGUUUACCAAAGGCAGAGGAUCAUUAA